AUGGGGGAGACAAUGAAAGAAUCUAAUACGUUUAGAAUUUUGAUGUUCCCAUGGCUGGCUCACGGCCACAUCUCUCCUUUCAUAGAACUAUCAAAGAGACUAGCCAAAAACAAAUUCAAAAUAUACUUCUGUUCAACUGAGAUCAACCUGAACUUCAUCAAGGAAAGUAAAAGCUUUGAUGAGAACUCCUCUGAUCAUUCAAUUGAAUUAGUACGACUUGAUUUGCCAGAUUUCCCCGAACUCCCUCCACACUAUCACACCACCAAAAACCUCCCACCCCAUCUCACCUCAACCCUCAAGCUUGCUUUUCGUAUGUCAAAACCCAGCUUCAGCAACAUCCUCAACACUUUGAAACCUGAUUUGCUAAUCUACGAUGUUCUCCAAUCAUGGGCAGCAGAGCUGGCUGCUUUUAAUAGUAUCCCUUCAGUUCUUUUCUUAAUCAUAGGAGCAGCAAACAUUUCUUUCUUCUAUCAUGGCACUAAUUGUCGAGUCUCCGGUACUAAUGAGACUUACCCUUUCUCAGAAAUAUUCUUCAGGGACUAUGAAAUGAAGAAGAUUAUAGCCACGUACCAAGAACUGACAAAACUUGAAUCUGAAGAAGCUGAAGUUUUCAAAUGUUUUGAACUGUCUUCUGAUAUUGUUUUGGUGAAAAGCUGGACAGAAAUUGAGGGGAGAUAUAUUGAUCACUUAUCUUUAUGUUCCGGGAAGAAGGUGGUAUCUGUUGGUCCUCUUAAUAACCAAGAUGAUGAUACCAAGGAGGAGGAGGAGCAGGAGGAUAAUUCCCAUAUCAUCAAAUUUCUGAAUAGUAAAGAUGAAUCAUCAGUGGUUUAUGUUUCUUUUGGAAGUGAAUACUUCUUGUCAAAAGAAGAAAGGGAAGAGAUAGCAUAUGGGCUGGAGCUGAGUAAUGCUAACUUCAUAUGGCUAGUUAGAUUUCCCAUGGGACAUGCCGUUGCCCUUCAAGAAGCAUUACCGGAAGGGUUUCUUCAUAGGGUGAAAGAGAGAGGAAUAGUGGUGGAUGGAUGGGCACCUCAGGCAAAAAUUCUUCAGCAUUCAAAUACUGGUGGUUUUUUGAGUCAUUGUGGAUGGGGCUCUGUGAUGGAAAGCAUUUACGAUGGGGUGCCAUUGUUAGCGUUGCCCAUGCAGCAUGAUCAACCUCUUAAUGCUAGACUUGUGGUGGACGUUGGCUUUGGUAUUGAGAUUUUGAGGGAUGAAGAUGGGCAGAUAAAGAGAGAAGAGGUCGCUAAAGUCAUAAACAUGGUGGUUGUGGAGAAGACAAAAGCAGGAGAAUUAUUGACGCAAAAAGCCAGAGAAAGGGUUUUUCUACAAAUGGGGUGUUCGUAUUCCGCGAAUGCGAGCUCACUCCAGGAAUGCGAAGUCACUGCAGUGAGCUUUCCAGAAAUGAGUAACAACUUGAGAGAAGAAGGAGAAGAAGAGUGGAAUGAAGCAGUAGGAAAAGUCAGGAAUUUAUGCAGAAAGAACGUGUAG